AUGCUGGAAGUAGACGAGGCGGAUGACAAGGUACAUCUCACGACCUUCAAAGCAGGGUUGAAGUCCAGAGAUUUUGUGGCGUCUUUGGCAAAGAACCCCCCUAAGACAAUGGCCGAAGCAUUGUUGAAAGCACAGAAGUACAUGAACGUGGAAGAAGCUUUAGCAGCCAUUGACAGAGCAGAAAAGAAGAAGGAAAAGAAGAAGGAAAAGGAGGACGAUCGACGAGGACAAAAAAGGGAUCGGGCUGAUCGACGAAAUGACGAUGGAAAUAGGCGGAGGGAGGACAAGAACCCUCGUCCAAUGAAAUUCACACCGUUGAUGAUGCCCGUUGACCAGAUUCUAACGGAGAUAAGGGACGAACCGUCUCUCAAGUGGCCAAGACCACUCCAUUCAGCGCCUGGUUUGCGCGACAAGAGGAAAUACUGCCAUUUCCACAAAGACCAUGGGCAUUACACAGAGGAUUGCAGGGACCUGAAAGAGCAGAUUGAAGAGCUCAUCCGUAAUGGGAAACUACAACAGUAUGUAAAAAGGAGAGAUUCCGGCAAGUACGGACAGAAAAGCAAGCAAAAACCAUCGUCCACAAAGCGCCCCGAACCUCGUCCACAAAGCGCACUGGGGGAGAUAAAAACCAUCGUUGGAGGACCAACCACGGGGGGAUCAUUCAAAUCCCUCAGGAAAUCAUACCAAAGGCAGGUAAACAGUGUCCACAGUAUACCCUCCUUGAAGCAAAGACGAACCAAUGGAGACAUGUAUUUCUCUAAAGAAGAUGCCAGAAGUGUAAAGCAACCUCAUGAUGACCUACUCGUCAUUAUGAUCAUUAUCGAGGGGUUCAAUACGCGAAGAGUCCUGGUCGACAGUGGGAGCUCAGCCGAUAUAAUCUAUCUUCCAGCCUUCCAGCAACUAAAACUAGACCUAAAAAGGCUCCGUCCUUUUGAGUCUCCCCUCGUCAGUUUCAACGGAGACAAGGUAUACCCUAGGGGAAUAGUGACGUUAACAGUGACAGCUGGAUCAUACCCCCUCCAGGGGAUCGGAGAAAUUAAAGGAGACCAGGUGUUGGCAAGAGAAUGCUAUCAGGCCAUCCUGGCCUCAAAAGAGAACCAUACGUGGAUGAUCGAAGAGAAAUCACCAGAGAUCAUGGAAAAGCUUGAAACGGUAGAGCUGGCUGAAGGGAGUCCACCAAAGACGACCCAAAUAGGGACGAACCUGAGUCCCAGGAUGAAGGAAGAGAUCGUCAGCUUCCUGAAAAAUAACCUCGAUAUAUUCGCGUGGAGCCACGAAGAUAUGCCGGGAAUCCCAGCAAGCCUCAUCCAGCAUCACCUGAAUGUUGACCCGGGAAAGAAGCCAGUCCAGUAG